AUGAAAUCACGCGUCUUUUGGACCGCUCUAAUUGUACAACAGGAAAGCCCCCACGAGCAUCAGCAGAAUUUACUGCUCUCCCGAAUCAUUACCAACGUGGAGAAGCUAAAUGAGGCUAUCAUGCUGUUAAACAAGAACCUUCAAGAUAUCAACAUCCAAAACAUGAAUGUGGAACUAGUAGCACAGAUGUUCAAGAAUUACCAGUCGAACGUGCUAUUCCACCUCGAAGCCACAGAUAGCUUAAAAGAUCCUUCAUGA